GCUUUUUGCAGUCUGUCACAUGAUCUCAGUGACUCAAGUGAUCACAUGGUGGGAAAUGUUUUUCCAUGGAGGGAAGAUGUUGCGGAACACCGGAGUCUGUUUGUACCGCAGAUGUGUCUCCUGUGUAGCCCAACGGGCCCGAAAUCAUUGCCAACAGGCAGGGGAAAGGACUAGUUGGGUGGCAGCCGCUAGUAUCCGGCCCAAGAGAAUCACAGUCAGUACCAGCCGCCCUUUUCCCUCAUGUUUAGUGACCUUUGGCAAAAAGCGGGUGUCUGAGGGGUGCAGGGACCUUUCCUUUGUGAUGGCUGCAGCAGCAUUUUCACUCUUCUCAUACUUUGGAGAAAAGGAAGAAGAAGUCACUGAAGCCGAGCAAGAUAUCAUUCUCCUGUUAAAGAAAGCAAAGCUAAGCAUUAUGAAAGGGGAAAUGGAGGAGGCAGAAGAGAUUUUGCAUCAGGCCCUAAAUAUGGCUCACAAGUCUGGCAGCACAAGAGCAAUAAUCUACACGUAUGAUCUGAUGGCUAACCUCGCUUUACUCACAGGAAAGUUGGAUACAUCUGAAAAGCUUUUCAAGGAAACCUUGAUCUUCAUGCUUAAUGAUAACAUCCAGCAGGAUGACAAUGCCUUUAUUGAGAUUUCCCUCAAGCUGGCCAGUAUCUACGCUACACAGAACAAGAAAGAGUUGGCAGUGGCAGGCUACCAGUUCUGUAUCUUGAGUCUGGAAGAAAAGCUUGAAAAACAGGCAGGUCUGUUGGAGGGGUCAUUGGCUGCUGAUGAAAAAUCCAACACACGUCUCCUCCUUGGGUUAUGCCUGGAUUCUUAUGGUCGUUACCUGAUAAACAAUUCAUCAUUUUCACAGGCGCAAAAUAUGUAUGAAAAAGCAUUACGGAUUUGCACAGAGGAGCAGGGAACAGAGCACCCUCAGAGUGUUAUACUCAUGAAUGAUAUUGCAAUUGCACUGGAAGCCCUGGGCAAGCACGACGAGGCCUUUGCCAUUGUAAAUCAAGCAUCUGAGCUGGCUCGUAAGACUGAGCACCCUGACCUGCAUGUGGUGCUAAGUAACCUGGCUAUGAUCCUUACUUAUCAAGGGAAAGAACACUUUGCAGAAGCUGAACGCAUUUUUAAGGAGGCGCUUGAGCACUCUGAGAAGAAAGGGGACUCUGCUUCUGUACAGUAUAUUCAAGAAGGUCUGGCUGAACUUGAUAGGAGGAAAAAGGGGUAGCUGAUCAUACUGAAAAGAGAACAUUGGUAUUAAAGAUUUUUGGAUUGGAAAUGUACUCAGAAUACUGUGCUUUGCUGCCAUCUUUGUCACUCCGAGCUGUCCAAAGGGGCAUCAAAGGUGUGAAUGCCACCAGGACUUGUUCAUGUAUGAAAUGUAUAACUUAUUUGCAAGAUACAAACUUUUAUGGAGUAAAAGAUUUAUUUUCAGGAA